AUGACACAAGACAAUGGACUUGAUUUAGCUCAGGCGUAUAAGCAAAUAAAUGAAGCAGAGGUUCAAGCUGACAGUUUAGAGAAAAUGUUGGACCAACUUGAUGCCAAGAUGGAUUCAAUAUUGAAAGAAGCGGAGGGUAUAAAUAAAAUCAACGAAACUAACGAGACCUAUGAAAAUAAUGAAAUUAACUCGGGAGCGUCAGAUUAA